AUGGCCUUCUCCACAAUUUACAACGUUUUCUUCAAGAGAAACGCUACUUUCGUUGGCACCGUUUUCGCUGCCUCGUUCGUGUUCCAAACCGCUUUUGACAGCGGUGUCACCUCAUGGUACGAGGCUCACAACAAGGGUAAGUUGUGGAAAGACGUCAAGCUGAAGAUCGGCGAAUCCGGCGACGACGAAGACGACGAUGACGAGUAA